GGGCUGAAAGGGAAGCAGGACGUGACUGCGCCGGGGCCGAGCGACGCUGUUGAGCAAUUGGGUGGGGUGAGGGAGAGAUAGGCAACUCCUGGGGCGGGAGGUGGCUGGCGACUAGUGCAGCGCGGGGUGUAGUCGCCUCUGGGGGUGCCUCCCCAGCGCUCUCUUCCCUUAAGGCGGCUGUGAAAGUGGAGGCUUUUGUAUUCUUCCCCUCCCCGCCUUUCCUCCACGGAAGUGACAGGAGGAGCCCCGAGGAGACAGGGCCUGAGCGGGCCAGGCACGCGGCCUGUGUGGCCCGGGGUCCCUUCUGCCGGGGGUCCGGGCGGGUGAGGCUUUGGGGUUCCAAAGUGGGCGGGAGAAUUUGCAGCCCGGGAAGGCAGAGACGGUGACGGGAGGGAUGAGCUUGCGACCCACGCUGACGCAUGCGCAGCCGCGGCCCUAUAUAGCGCCUUGGCGCCGGCGCCAGCUGAGAUCAGUCCAGGUCUGGGCGGCAACGAUCUGGAGUCUUAAUAAGAUGUCAAGACGCAGCAGUCGUUUACAAGCUAAAUUGCACCAGCCCUGCCAGGAUACAUCUCCACAAGAACUGCAGGUGCCAGAGUGUCUUCAGACAAGGAAAAGAAAAGCAAUAGAGGAUACCAAGCGACAAGAAGAAAACAUCAACACAAGACAUCAGUAUGAAAUUCAGAGCUGUUGGCCGCCUAUGAUAUCUGGAGGCAUCUCCCCCUGCAUAAUAAUAGAAACUCCUCACAAAGAAACACCAACUACUGACUUUUCCAGAUUCAAAAAAUACAGAUUCAGAAACCUCUUCAUAAAUCCAUCACCUUUACCUGAACUUAGCUGGGGAAGUUCUAAAGAUGUCUGGCUCAACAUUUUAAAGAAAGAAAACAAAUAUAUUCACUGCAAACAUUUCACAUCUCUACACUCAAACCUACAGCCACACAUGCGAUCAAUUCUAUUAGACUGGCUUCUAGAGGUAUGCGAAGUGUACACGCUUCAUAGAGAAACUUUCUAUUUAGCACAAGACUUUUUUGAUCGAUUCAUGCUGACUCAAAAAAAUAUAAACAAAACCAUGCUUCAGCUCAUAGGAAUUACAACUCUGUUUAUUGCUUCUAAGCUUGAGGAAAUAUAUGCUCCCAAACUACAAGAAUUUGCAUAUGUUACUGAUGGUGCUUGCAGUGAAGAAGACAUUAUAAGGAUGGAGCUCAUUAUACUAAAGGCUCUAAAGUGGGAGCUCAGCCCAGUAACGAUAGUCUCUUGGCUCAAGCUUUAUCUCCAAGUGGAUGCUCUGGAAGAUAUCCCAAAGGUGCUGCUACCUCAGUAUUCUCAGGAAAUGUUUAUUCAAAUAGCACAGCUCUUAGAUCUCUGUAUUUUAGACAUCAAUUCUCUGGAUUUCCAGUACAGAACAUUGGCGGCUGCUGCAACUUGCCAUUAUACCUCAGUAGACGUAGUUAAGAAAGUAUCAGGUCUAGACUGGAACAGUAUUUCAGAAUGUGUAGAGUGGAUGAAACCAUUUGUCACGGUAUCAAAAAAAGCCCCAGUAAAAUUGAAGAACUUUAAGAGAAUUGCAGCAGAAAAUAGACACAAUAUACAAACCCACACCAACUACUUGGAUAUGCUGGAAGAAGCUAACUUCGAGGCAACUGUUGCAGUUCCAGGUCAAUUUUCACCCAUGUCUACAGGAGGAAUAAUCACUCCCCCAAAGAGCUCUGAAAAGAAGUGAAUUACCAGAAUGCAUCUGUAUGAACUCUACAUCUUAAGACUCUGAAAAGAAAAACUGAACUGCUGGGGAAGAUACCAAAUAUGACAGAAGGAAGUCUUAAUUGGAGAAGGCCUAAAGCUACUAAGUUUACACCAAAACCCACUAGGCUGUGGGAUAAAGCUGGAUUUCUUGAAGUUAUUCAUAAACAGAUUUUUUUUAACCUGUAAGAACAGCCUUAAUUGCAAAGUUUGGAGAUGGCUUGGCUCUAAGGUUAACCUACUGUAUUCCAACUGCCAGGAUAAUGUAGCCAUUUGUUUAAUCCCAGUUUAACCCUAGCAUAAAAUGUUCUGACCUGUUCCAAAAGCUAUGAGCAGUCCAAACAGCCAGAGCUAAGUCUGCAAUUAAAUAAGUUGAUGCAGUAUUAGCUCCCGCCCUUUCCCUCCCGGCCCUCUUUAAGAGGAGCACAGCAAGACAAGUGCCUUGUAGGAUUUCCUCAGCUACCACCAUGGUUAUCUAAACAGGGUUGCUGAAACAUUUUAAAUGAUGGCUGAACCAAUGAAUGGUCUUCAUCAGCAAACAUACAUCUUAAAAGUUGUAUUGCUAUAUGCAACACUGUUACCACAACAGCAUUCUGCCUGUUUAAGGAUGGAAAGAAGCUAAGGUGACUAAAAUUCAGUAAUUUAUAUAGAAUUUCCUUCUAUCUUGUGCAGCUCAGACUGCAACAAUAUGUUGUUAGCUGGAAAAAUUGCUCCUUGUAAGAGACAUGAUUUGGUAUUAAGUAUCUCUUGCCCUCAGUAAAAAGGCUUAGGGCCAAUCAAGCAUUAAAUCUAGAACCCUGGGCUGAAGGGAAGAUAGCAAACCAUCAUUUGGGUUCAGAUGUAACAUGGUUGUUGGCAAGGGAAAGCAGGCAAUAUUCAUCAACAGGGCAUACACCAAUCUGAAAAUUAUUCUAGAGGGACCAACUCUCUAACAGGAACAUCCUACCUCUUUCCUGAGCUGACAUAUUUCUGUCCAAGAACAAAGCUACCACAGAACAGGAGGGGGCGGGACACGUACUGGAGAUGACUAAUGUUACAGACAUCCUAGUAGGACACUCUGAAUACGACAGAGUUCUAUGGUGCCUAGGAGUGUGUAUUCUGCAUUCUAUUUUGCAUCUGUUUGAAAUGCAUUACGGAGGAUUGCAUACUUCUGUACAAGCUUGUAAAAUAAGGAGGGAUUUGGGGUUUUUUUAAAAAAAUAGGAAAAUACCACACUGUAUUGUUUAUAAAUAUGUAUUGUAUGAAAGUCUCACAUGUAAUAAACUGUUGGAAUGUCAUGAAACUGA